AUGUCGAUGAUUGAGUUAUUAGAAAGUGAGAAAGUAGCAUUAGUAAAGAAGAGAAUGGCAACGAAGUCUAGUUUUGAAGAUUAUAGAAAACUAAUGAAAUAAUAUAAAUGA